AUGUCGAGACAACAACAAAAUCAAGGUACGAUCAUCAGAGAUUUGCUAAGGGCGGUACAAGAUUUGGGUAGGCAACAAGCACAGGGUGGUCCCCGUGGUACAAACGCUAACAACACCAGCUCAAUCGUGGAACAGUUCCGUCGCUACAAACCCCCAACCUUCGAUGGUAAGGCAGACCCACUAGCAGCUGAAGAAUGGAUAAGAGGAAUGGAGCGAAUCUUCAAACAUCUAUCUUGCACUGAUGCUCAAAAGGUGUUAUGUGCAGAAUUUAUGUUGGUUGACGCGGCAGGCCAUUGGUGGGAGUCAGCAUCUCGCACUAGAACAGAAGCACAACAACGUGCUCUGACUUGGACGCAAUUUAAGGAGGAAAUGAUGGGAAAAUACUUCCCACAAGCCCUGAGGGAUCGCAAGGAGACAGAAUUCCUUCAACUCAGACAAGGAAAGACGAAACUUGAAGAAUAUGAAAGAAAAUUCGAACAACUCUCAAGAUAUGCACCACACCUAGUGGAUACUGAAGCAAAGAAAGCAAGGAGGUUCGAACUUGGAUUGCGUCCUGAGAUUGGUGGAAUAAUGGCAUCCCACCAAUUCACCACCUAUAGGCACGUUUUGCAAACUGCCCAAGCAAUCUCAAAUAGGUUGGAAAUAGAUCAAAUUCCCCAGCAAGGGGCCGAGUUAUCAGGAAAGAGGAAGUGGAAUGGGUCCAAUGAAGGGAUGGGAGAGGGACAGAACAAAAAGAUUAGUUCGGGUCAAUUGGAACAGUGGAGAAUUGGUGAUGCGGACUGUCAAGUGGAUAAAGAAUAG